UCUCUGUCUUCACCACCCCUUUAAGAAGUUCGGCCAGCAGUGCGAGUGAACACUCGAGCCUUCUGAAGUGUGUGUGUUCACUUCAGUUCAGUUUGUUUGUUUGCUGUAAGUUUUGCGAGCCCCCUUGUUGUUCCGCUCCUUCGCGUGACUCUCCCACGGUGUCUGCCCCGAACCUCGCGCAAUGGCUGAGAUAUCGAAAGGCGUCAACGCCGGGAAAUUAGCUAGUAAUGUCCAGAAAAGGAUCAACCGGGUACAGGAGAAGAUGAUGCAGAAGCUGGGGAAGGCUGAUGAAACCAAAGACACAGCAUUUGAGGAGGGUGUGGCUAACUUCAGCAAGCAGAUGGCAGAAGGCACUAAAUUGCAGAGAGACCUGAAAGCAUACCUGGAAGCAGUCAAAACAAUGCAUGAGUGCUCGAAGCAUCUACAAGGCUGCCUAGCAGACAUGUAUGAGCCAGACUGCUUUGGAAAGGAGGAAAUGGACAUCAUCACUGAGGAUACAGAUGUUCUGUGGGGAGAUUUCCAUCAGAAGCUUGUGGACAGUGCACUCAUCUCAGUGGAUGCCUACAUGGCUCAAUUUCCUGAAAUUAAGGCACGCAUCGCUAAACGUGAAAGGAAGCUGGUGGAUUUUGAUAGUGCCAGACAUCACUUUGCCUCAGUACAGAAAAGUAAGAAGAAGGAUGAGGCCAAGAUUGCCAAGGCUGAGGAAGAGUUGGGAAAAGCCCAAAAGGUGUUUGAAGAAAUCAAUUAUGACCUUCAAGAAGAGCUCCCAUCUUUGUGGAACAGCCGUGUUGGUUUCUAUGUGACCACCUUUCAGAGUAUAGCCAGGCUGGAAGAGGAGUUCCACAGAGAGCUGGGCAAACUGAACCACAAUCUAUGUGAUAGUAUGACCAAACUUGUGGAGCAGCGACAGACUGAAAAUGCUACUAGCAAAACUACUGAGAAGAGUGAAGUAGCAGCCAACCACAAUGUCACAGCAGAGUCUGGGUCUGACAUAACUAAACCAGCAUCUAAGACACACGCAGACACAUCGGUGACCAAUGGCGGAUCUAAUAUUGAGCCUCCACCAGGAGUUCUGUACAAGGUGAAAGUGAUACAUGACUAUGCAGCCACGGACGGUGAUGAGCUGGACCUUAAAGCUGGGGACAUUGUGCUUGUAAUGCCCUUUGUCAGCCCUGAUGAGCAGGAUGAUGGAUGGUUGCUAGGUGUGAAAGAGACACACUGGCUUCAAAAUAAGGACUUUACUGCUAAAGGAGUAUUCCCUGAAAAUUUCACCCAACGUUUGUAAACAGGUUGUAGGUUGUCAAUAUUUAUGCUCCUUCUGAACUAUUUCUGCUUCAAACAUUACCUUUUUUGUUUUUUUCAUUCGCUCACUUUUACAGUCGAUUCAGUGAGUAUUCAGACCCAUUCAUUUUUUUUCCACAUUUUGAUAUGUUUCAGCCUUGUGCUAAAAUGCUUUACUUUUUCCACACCAGUCUAGACUCCAUACCCCAUAAUGACAAAGCAAAAACCAGAUGUGAAAAAAACGAAGUCGUCUGAAUACUUUCUGAAUGCACUGUAUGUCCUGUUCUCUUUUUCUUCUUGUUUGGAUAAGUAAAUCCAUCCCUAGUUUUCGUGUUAAAGAAAUUGUUUCUUGCCCUGUGAAAUACCAUGGCUAGAGGUAGAGUGCAUUAUAAAUGGAAAUUUUAUAGUAAUCUCUGAAUGUGACAUUAGUACAACCCACUUGCAUAUUGUGUUGUGUACUUUUGAACAUUUCUACUGGUCAGUUAUCUUGUGAUUGUGUAUGUAACUGGCUUUCAGAUCGAUGGUUUCAGAGAAAUACCUCCAGAAAGCAUUUAAGAAAUAUGAGUAAUGAGUGAAAUUAAUAUUUGGAGCUUGUGACUAGUUGACUAGUACCUUUCUGCUUAACUUGUGAUCUAGAAUCUUUCCUUUGCCUUACCUUGCCUUACUUAUAUUUUAGGGUUCUAUUGCACUCCUUCUAACCACCAGGAGAUGGUGUUUAACACGUGGACAUUUUCUUGUGCACAUAUACACACAUGCUGAGACCGUACAACAAAGUCAUGCGGUAGCAUAAAAUAGCAUAGUAUAAAAUACCACGAUCAGUGGCUAUCUCUCCAUUUAAUUCUUAACCACAAAGUUUGACGGUUUACACUAUACACACAGCUUCAGCUCUGAGUAAUUACAAACCAUCCUGCAUCCUGAUUCACUCACAUGCAGCCAAGGCUGUAGCUGAACACCAACUAUGUGCCCAAUGCCUCUACUUUCACAUUUAUUGACCUCUCCAACGAAAUCUUACUCCUGGCAAUGUGAAACAUAGGCCAGGACGCAGAAUGGCUCUCCACCAGAUUAGUUUAUGGAUGUCACAAAGUCUGGUUGGCACAGUCUGUGUGGUUGGACACAUGCAAUCAACCCUGAGAAAGCUAGCCUACAUGCCAGGGUCACUUGUUCGGCCUGCAGUCAAGAAAGCCCUGGAGAGAAGAGUGCAGGUUUCAGAGUCAGAAACCAAUACAACUGAAUGGAUCAGCCAUGUGGCACAUUAUACUACCACAAGCUGGCUUGUUGUCUAGACACCUGCAAAAACUCAGCUGGCCUCUUAUAAGCCCAAAAUGGACAGAUUAAUGCUGUCAGAGUCAUGGUAUAAUGGGUAUUUCAUCCUCUUGGGCACUACAGAGAGGCCUGCUUUUCCAGGAGAUCUGUGCUGCAGCUUCCUUGGCAUCGCUAUACACCUCUCAAUAGGAUGAGUACAGUGAUUCAUUCGGAACAUCUUUCUGGUCAGUUCUGGGCUGAGUUGGUCCUUGUGACAUUGUGGUAUAGGUUUUCUAGGUCUUAAACACCACCCCCUGGUGGUCACACAAAACCAGAGACAACCCAGCGGGAAUUUAGCAAUAAUGUUACAGAGACAGAUGGCCAUGAGAUGAAAAUAUUUUAUAGGAAAUACUACAUCAUAUAGUCACCAUGUGACUAUGUACUAAGUCUCAAUAUGUGUGCAUGAAAACAAAAGGUGUCCAGUGUUAAACACCGCCUUCUGACAGUUAUCCAGUGUUCAAAACCCACAGUUAUAUGUGUAACUAGCAUUUUAAAGUUUGGUUUGGUUAUUUUAUUAUAGUCAUCAGUUAUGGGAAUAAUGUGACAAUGAUUAACAACACUUGUCUGUAACAAAACCAAAUUGAUUAUACUGUAUUAAAAUGGAUUGCUAUAAA